GGAGCCAGCGCCGUUAGCGCGAACACGACCUCUCUUUUGGCCCUCGGUGUUUUCCGUAGCACGCAGUUCAGUCUCCACAACGUGCGAGUAGAGAAGAAGUGAAGACUUUUGGUUUGAACGGCUCAAAGUGCUGCUAGCAGAGAUUCACCGCGUAAACAAUCAUGGCAGAAAAGCAAGAAGAGAUGUCUCCAACUGAGAUGAAAGUGGCACGACAAAUAGAGUACUACUUUGGGGAUCACAAUCUUCCCAGAGACAAGUUCCUUAAAGAACAACUGCAACUCGAUGACGGCUGGGUGCCUCUGGAGACGAUGCUCAAAUUCAACAGACUGAAGUCUAUAACUACAGAAACCAGCGUCAUCGUUGAAGCACUCCAGAAAUCAAAGACCGGCCUCUUGGAAAUGAGCGAAGACAAGACCAAAAUCAGGAGGUCUCCAAACAAACCCUUACCCGAAAUCAAUGAUGACUACAAAGACGCUGUUAAAAACAAAUCUGUGUACAUGAAAGGCUUUCCGCUCGAAACUUCCCUCGAUGAGAUUCAGGAGUGGCUGAAUGGGAAAGGCGCCAUAGAAAACAUUCAGAUGAGGAGAAACCUGCAAAGGCAGUUCAAGGGAUCAGUGUUUAUCUGCUUUGAUACAGAAGAGUCAUCUAAGCAGUUCGUAGAGCGUUCAGACGUAAAGUCAUUCAAAGACAACGACAUGCUCGUUCUAUCAAGGGAAGACUACCAUGCAAAGAAGGCAGAGGAGAGAAAACAGUUCAAAGCAGAGACGAAGGCAAAAGCUCGACAUGACAAGGAAGAACAGCAGAAACAGACAGAAGAAAAAGAAAUGGGUCUGCUCUUGGACGAACAGACAGAACGCUUGUUGAAGUUUUCAGGAGAGCUUGAAGAUGUUUCAAGAGAGGACUUUCAUGACUUGUUCUCUGGCCAUGGAAAGAUAAAGUGGGUUAAUUUUACAAGAGGGGCCAAAGAGGGCACCCUCCUUUUCGAUGGGAAUGCAAAGGAAGCGUUUGAGAAGGCCAAAGGGGCCGAGGGAGGGGAAUUAAAAAUCAAGAACAACAGCGUCACAUGGCAGGUGCUGGAGGGAGAGGAGGAGAAGGAGGAACUGAAGAAGAUCAUCGAAGCUCAACAAGAAGCUUUCAGCAGGUCUAAAGGCAGAGGAGGCAGAGGGAGAUCAGGUGGUAGAGGACGAGGAGGCCGGAGAGGAGGAAGAGGCGGCAGAGAUCACGGCAGAGACCACGGCAGAACUCAGUUUAAGGGCAAAAAGACGAAAUUUGAAAGUGAUGAUGAUGACGAUGCACCUGUAGCUCCAAAGAGAGAGCGAGAAGACAACGACGGUCCUGCAGCAAAGGUUCCCAAAACUGAAAAUGGAUCUUAGUCACAAGGUCACCACUCAAGAGUUUUUUGUUUUGUAAAAACAUUUAUUAUAAACAGUGAAAAUUCAGAGGCCACUUAAAUCCAUUCCAGUGAAAGCUUCAGGUUUUGGAGAAUCGUAUGAAGUCCACCUGGAUGUCAACCUAGAGAACAAUUUGCAAAGCUUGGCGUCAGUUUUCAGCCUUUUUAAGUCCCUGUAUAUUGUGCCUCUCACAUUAUUUGUGUACCUAUAUUUCUUCUCUUAAAUUGUUUUUGAUUUUAUCAUUAAAUAUAAAUCUGCUCUUUGACAGUAAUUUAAUUACACCCGAACGUUUGGUAGUUUUUGUAAGACCUGUGUGACAUCUAGAAUCUGUGUGCCAUCGUGUUUUUUUUCUUUUUUUUUUCUUGUAGACUUCCUACAGUGAGUAGUGAGAGAACAUCUGCUUUGCUAUUUUUUUUGUUAAGUUUGCAUAUGUGAAUAGCAAAUAAAACAUUUAUAAAAAUGAA